AUGACGGCAACUGUGGACAAUAUUGAUCAUAAUCCCAAUUCUACGACUGCACAGAGGGCCUUUCACGGAACAGGAAUAUCGUUAUUUCAGGACCCGAGUGAAAAUAUAACUGGUGAAGAACGAGACGUCAUCAAUGUUGAGAACACAAGCAAAAAGCGUCUUUCUCAACUCUCUGAGUCGUACACUACCGUAAAGCCCGUCAUUAUUCCGAAGAAGGAACCACCUGUCCCAGCCUUUCAAGGUCCGUUCGUAAGUAGCUGUCUACCAAUGCCAUCUGCUUUUGUCACAGAGUACAAGUGGCUGAACAACGUAAGAGAUUCGUAACUGAGAGAUUGGAAAAACGGACAACAUCCCUGUAUGAGCCAAUCAAGAGAAAUAAGUUGGCAUUGUUCAGUAGUCCUCCUCCAUGCAAAGAGAAAUCUAAGGACAAAAUGAAAAUUGCGUAUCUUAAGAGCAACUGCUCUCUCUUUGCGCGCCUGUAUGUUUCCUCUCAAUUUGGGGAACUCAGAUCGGUACGAAACCAGACCUACUGUCCUGUUCUGAAAAGAUCAGCCCUAUACAAGCAGAAGCACCACCAGUAGACGCUCUGCUAUUGGACGGCGCUGCAAUUGUAAAUAUGCUGAAUCCUGGUACAUCAAGGACAUUCGAGGAAUACAGUCAAGAUGUGUUUCUUCCGUACGUAAAAGCUCAGCUUGUAAAUGUCCGUAGAGUGGAUGUUGUCUGGGAUACGUACAUCGAGGAUAGCCUGAGGGCGACAACCCGUAGCAACAGAGGGAAGGGAAUACGCCUUCGUGUCAAGCCGGACACUAACAUACCAGACAAUUGGGCAGCUUUCUGA